GGAACCUUCUGCGUCGUCCAUGGCAGCGCUUGCUUCCAUACAGGUUUAACUUACCAGAUUUGUUCUGUUUGUUUACUUAGAGUUGUGCGUCAUAAACCUUGAAACAGUGUUGGAGUAUGUAAGAAGCUGUUCACUCCCCGGAUGGAAAGAAUGUCAGUCGGGACUGGUGACAGUAGACCUGGUGAUAUGUCACUGUUGGAUCAUUUUAAUUAGAAGCACGGCGCUCAGCAUUAUGUCAGAUGCGGUGAUUUCGGUGAGAGCAUGUUGUGGAAGCAGUGAAACAUUAUAGCAGCAGCAGAUGGACAAUCGACGGAAAAGGAAGCUUACAUUCUCCACCAUUGGACUUCUAUUCCUUCUGAGUGGAGUGGAAUAUGCUGUAAUCUUACCUACAAUAUGGAAAUACCUGCAAACUCUAGAUGCUCAACCCUACUUCCUGGGUCUGUGUCUGUCAGCGUUCAGCUUGAGUGGCCUCCUGGUAGGACCACUGUUCGGCCAUUGGUCGGACAGAACACAGACCACCAAAAAGAUCAUCUUGUUUGCCAACCUCUUUGAAAUAGUUGGUAAUUUCAUGUACUUCAUGGGCUACUCCAAAUGGCUGUUAUUGUCAAGCAGAUUAGUAGCAGGCAUUGGUACCGGUGCUGGCUCUUCUAUCUUCGGCCUGCUGACGAGAAGCACUGCUUCGGAAGACCGUGCAACUGUGUUUGCUGCAGUUAUGGCCUGUAGACAAGCUGGCCUUCUGAUUGGUCCAGCCUUUAACAUCUUUCUCAGGCUGUGUCAUUUUGACCUCGGUCCAUUUGUAGUCAAUAAGUACACUUCCCCUGGGUUGUUCAUGUGCCUGCUGUGGUCGCUCCUUCAGCUGGUAGUAGUUUUCAUGUAUUGGGAUUUACCACCUGUGGAAAAAGGAAAGGUUCGGGCAAGUUCAGCAAGCAGGAGUGAGGAAGAGGCUGAGGACGAUGACGAUAAUGAGGAAGAACCCUUAAUAAGAUCUGAGGAGUUGAUGGGGUCCUACGGCUCAGUGGGGACCCCACAGCCUCAGAAAAAUCACAUCUCUACGUCCGCUAAUGCCCAGAUAAAUCACAUCACUCCACCUUCCUGUCAAGAGUCAUCAGAGCAGCCGGAGUUGUCCAUCUCCAGUAACAACAGUGUGUAUCAAGAGUUCCUUAAAGAAGAAGUUGUUGUGCUGCUGGCUGUACAGUUCAUCACCCUCUUUAAUCAAACAGCCCUGGAGACUAUGGUGACCCCAUUGACCCAGAAGUACUUUGGCUACGGAGAGCUGGAGAACAGCAUCAUGUACUGUCUCUGCGGUGUGGAGGUGAUCGCCGGUUUCUUCUUCGUGCGCUGGCUGAGUCGGCGUGUGACUGAACGCGUGGUACUGGCCAUUGGCUUGACCAUCUGUAACAUCUCUGGUGUUUGGUGCCUCAUCUUCGUGGCUAAGCCUCUGGGUGAUUUUCCCUGGCAGCUGACUGAGUUCAUUAUAGGGGUCUUCCUUCAGGUUUUGGGUCUGCCGUUUGUAGCUGUGGCUCAGGUGUCUCUUUUCUCCAAAGUCACCUCAGAGAAGACACAGGGUUUCAGUCAAGGAGUGCGUCGCUCAGUGGGAGGCCUGGCCACCAUCCUGGCCCCCCUGUGGGCUGGUGGUCUCACUCAGAACUUGUACAUCAUGUUAGGUCUCAUGAUGGCACUGCUGGCACUGAUAACGAUAAUGCUGAUCUGCUCCUACAAGCGUCUGGUUGAGCCUGCAGCUGAGGAACGACCCAACAGCCCUGACACAUCUGCUUGAUGGAUGUGUGAGGUACUGUAAUACGAGGCAAAUACCACAUAUAUUUAUAUAGUUUCAGUUGUUGUACAUGUAAAUAAACAAGAGUGUAUAAAAGGACUGAACUAAUGUAAACACAUUAAUAAUAUUUUCUGUGUUUUCUUUUGUCUCUCGUUUUCCACAGAGAGAUGAAACUUUGCAAACUGGUGCAGAUAAAAGUACUGUUUGUUUUACUGUGUGUGCUGAAAAGUAUUUACAGUACAGGGCUUUACUUUAACUAUAUUUUAUUUGCGGUACAGGUCUUUACUUUAACUACAAUUUAUUUUAUUUUAUUAUUGGUCAAAGUCACAAAAUAUUACCCACAAUACUCUUAAUGGCAAAGUGAAAAAAAAAA